AUGGCGAUGAGCGACGUUCGGAACCAAGACAUCAUUCGUUCCAAGGGGGACAAAUCAAAGCCAUCAAGUUCCGAAAAGAAGAAGGACAAAGCAUCGAAGGAAGAUACUCCUGAAGCCACAACUACAACAUUAGUGGCGACAUCUAGUGCCAAAGGGAAAAACAAAAACAAGAACAAAGUGGUUAAAGAAAAACACUGUUGUUUUUGUGAAGGUUCCCAUCCCAGUCUUGACUGUAAGAAAAAUCGUCCAGCUGACUCCUACCAACGCCUGUGGAAGGCGAAGGUAUGCACGACGUGCUUAAUGCCAGGGCACAUGACACGGUAUUGCAAGACAAAGAAGGCCUGUGGUGUAAGUGAUUGCACUUGGAAACAUCAUCCUUCAUUGCAUGCCAUUGCCUACCCGGAAAGAGACAGAAAGGAUUGA